CACGCAUCCUAACACCCAGACCCAUCAUAAGACCCUGCAAAGGACUGGGUGAAAAAUGCGAAGUGUCAUAUUUAACUCUUCCGACCACAGCUGCACUGGACAAGAGGACAUCCUGUGGACUGUGGACUGUGGAAGACAAACUGCCGACGUUAUGCGAGAGAAGGUCAUGAUGAACAUCCAAAGUGAUAUAAGUAUACAAUCAGACCCAGGAACGAUGGAGUCAAACCUAAGUUUUGCUGCAUGCUUUGGCUAUGCCAAUAAGACAAACCCGCAUGUGGAAUGUCCUUUCAAGCUAACGGAGAUGAUACUCAUGAUUCUGGGACUGAGCUCUUUGAGUCUGAUCACAGUCAUCGGCAAUGUUUUGGUCAUUGUCUCUAUUAAGGUCAAUAAGAGCCUCCAGACAGUAAAUAAUUACUUUCUCUUCAGCUUAGCAUGUGCAGACCUCAUCAUUGGUGUGUUUUCCAUGAACCUCUAUACAAUCUACAUUGUGACUGGUUUCUGGCCUUUAGGGCCUGUCAUCUGUGACUUAUGGUUGGCUCUCGACUAUGUGGCAAGCAAUGCCUCUGUCAUGAACCUUCUCAUCAUCAGCUUCGACCGCUAUUUCUGCGUCACCAAGCCACUUAGCUACCCAGUCAAGAGGACGACCAGGAUGGCAGGUAUGAUGAUUGCAGCUGCCUGGAUCUUGUCCUUUGUCCUGUGGGCUCCAGCCAUCCUCUUCUGGCAAUUUAUUAUGGGUGAGCGCACAGUGCCCAAAGGCAAAUGUUACAUUCAAUUCUUUUCCAAUGCUGCGGUCACUUUUGGCACGGCCAUCGCUGCUUUCUACCUGCCUGUGGUCAUCAUGAGUGUGCUGUACUGGCAGAUCUCCAAGGCUAGUCGCAGCCGAGUCAAGAGAAGUGACUGCCACAAAACGUCUGGGGUUGGUCAAGAGGGCAGGACUCAAACCACUGUCUUGGCUAAUGAAGAGAACCAAGAAAGUAAGCAAAGCAAUGAAAAAGAGGUUAUUCAAGUACAGCACACUUGUUCCAGCACUAUUAUAGUUGACGAAAGGGAGAUUGAAAAUGAUUCCACAUCAGGCAGUGUCUUGGCCCUAUCAAAUCAGAGAGAGGACAUGGUUUCUAAUGGUGAUGUUAAGAGCACUCAAACGAAGAUUUUGCCUCAAGUAAGAAGAAGUAAUACCAAACUUAACUGCUUGGGAAUUUCAUCUAAAGAGAUCAUAAGUAACAGUGCAAAUCAGAACACCAGCCUUCACAAGGAGAGACAGAGUCUUGUGGCCCUGAUUUUCAUGCCUCCAAACAAGAAAAAGAAGAAGACCGGAUGCUCUCGAGAGAGGAAGGUUACAAGGACUAUCAUGGCUAUUCUUCUGGCCUUCGUGAUCACAUGGACCCCUUACAAUGUCAUGGUGUUGAUCAACACUUUUUGCCCUCACUGCAUCCCUAACUCCAUGUGGGUGCUGGGCUACUGGCUAUGCUACAUCAACAGCACUGUAAACCCUGCCUGCUACGCCCUGUGCAAUGCCACCUUCAAGAACACCUUCAAACAGCUGCUGUUGUGCAAGUACAAAAAUAUUCGCACAGUCAGAUAAAAUGGGUGAAUUCUACAAGUUAAUGACUUCCUUUUAAAAUAAUGGAUUUCGGUUCUGUAUCCAAAAAUCUGUGAGAGCUUUUUCUGGGUCUUUUUUUGUUGUUGUUUGUUUUUAUAUAAAAUAGUGUUGGCAUUAAUAUGCAAUUACACCAUAAGGGGUACAUGUUACAUUUAAGUCUGCUUAGUAUGCAGCUUGCAAAUGAACAUGGCAGAAAAGCUGGCAACAAUUACAGCUUCGUAAAGGUUGUGUCAGUCUGACCUCGAAUAAAGCUAGACAAAUUUGACAAAGGAAAACGAACCAUUUAAGGUCCUAAUAAGAAAAAGAAUAAGUUGGUGAGGUUGAGACUGGACAUUCAAUUAUUCAUUCAUUCAUGUCCAGUAACCAGCGAUGUCCUGCUCAGGGACGUGGUGCACAUCUACAGUCAAUUCAGGGACCACCCGGCGUAAGGAAAGGACACCAGCCCAUCACAGGGAACCAUGCACACACACACACACACACACACACACACACACACAAACACAUGCAAUAUAACUCACAGAGAGAUGAUGGAACCUUGCACAGGUAGUAACCUGAGUUUAUAAUCGAUCCUGAGAGCUGUAGUUGAGAGACUACAACGUUACCUACUACAGCACCAUGACGCUACACUACACACACUGAUUCAAUCAAAACCUAUUCCGUGUAGUGUUCAUUACACAUACAAAAUUCUAUUGAUAAAUGAAUGCCGUGCUUUGCUCUAUGCACAAAUACAUACAGUAUUUCUGGUUGUGUUUCUAGUUUAUGUGGAAAACUAAUUCAUCUUUGUGUUAACAGACAAUCAAAUGUUUUAUUUGGGAUUUAUUUAUUAAGAUGGAUAGGAAUGAUUUAUUUAAAUAGUCGAACUCGAUUUUAGCAGGGUUGUUACUAAUCUGUAUGCCAGAAAUACCCUUCAAAGAUGAAGGAAAGUAUUAGAGAAAAGGUAUUUCAGACAUUUCACCUUGCUGAGACCUAAAAUACUAAUCAAAUAUAAACCUUGCUGCCUCCUAAACUUAUUGUCUGAGGCAAAAACAUUUUCUGAAGAAUGUAUAUAAAUGCGCUGUCCAUGAAAGUCUUGUUAGUUUAAAAAAAAUAUACAAUUAUAUCCUGAGAUCCUUAAUUACAUGUACAAAAUUUCAUUAAUGUGAAUGAGUGAAAGUGAUUGGCUUCAAACUGUAUAAUUAGAAGAUUUCAUAUGUGAAAUAUGUUUACAAUCACUUGUUUAUUGUAAUUCCAUACACAGAUGUAGUUUAAAAUUGAAAUUUGAAAGAAAUACUAAAAAAACUGGCUGUGGAUGAUGACAAAUAAAUAAAUAAAAACCUUCAAAACAAAAUAGCAUGAAAUAACCGGAGUUGUGUGAUAGCUAAAGGGAGGCUUAAAUAAAGCAUGCUCAGCAUUUAUGCAUUUUAUCUUUAAUGGAGUCUUGUGGGCAUCACUUUAUGCUUGAUUAGCAUUUAUUAACAGAUGCUUAGGAGUGCAAAAAAAAAAAACAUCAUUACUGACUAAAUCUGGUAUUUAGUUAUAAGAAUAUUACAUAUUACUUUACUAAAAAAAACCUAGCAGGAUUUACAAUACAUGACCUGCAAAUUCUGGUGUAAAUCUAGCCAUGUAAAAGUAGGUCUAAAGGCAAUAAAUAGUCUUUAAAAACAUUUUUUUUUUUUACAUAAAAAUCAUAAAUCCUUUUGUAAAGCAAUUUCUGUAAGUUGUGAACUACCAAAAUAAUUUUCCACACACUAUGAAGAGAAUGCAAAAGCCAAACCUGAUUUUCCUGCUCAGUACCACAGUGUUGUGUAAUUUAAAGUAUAUAUGUGUAACAUAUAUGUGCUGCAAGUUGUCGAUUGUGUCACAAUUGUUCAGAUACGUGUCCAGCCUUACAUCUCAUCAUCUUGUGUACAUUUAUAUUUUGUCCACACUGACACAAGAUACAGCUUGAGAAGGACUUUGGAUGUUCAGAUGCAGCUAUAAGACACGAUUCACAUAAGAAUGAUCGCAAGACAGCAUUUAUCCUGAUGUCAAUGAUAAACACCAGAGCUUUGGCAAUGACAUGUUUUGCUGUUUGCAAUAUUGCAUAAAAAAUGGGCUUUAUUUGAUUAAUUGCUUAUUUAUGAAGCUCUUCCUCACAGGGCAAGGCAACAUGGUUAUAAGAUAUCGGUUUCAUAAUAAAACACACCAUGUUGCAAUAUCCUGAGAUGGUAUAAUGAGUACCAGGCAAACUGACUCAUUAAUAACGGUAAGUGCCACCUGAUAUUUUUGUUU